GCUGCCUGUUUGACCGGAGGCUGUGCUCCCCCCAGGAGGUGUGUGUGCAAGAUGGGCUGUUUGGGCAGUGCCAGGUGGGCUCCGUGCAGGACAGACCCUACUUCCAGGUCACCUCUCCUGUGCUCCAGCGCCUGCAGGAUGUCUUGCGGCAUCUCAUGGCACAAGGGCUUUCGUGGCAGGACGGCAUCACCCAGUAUGUGAUCUCGCAGGAUAUGGAGCGCAUCCCCCGCCUCCGCCCGCUGCCCUCACUGGAGCCGGCGGCCCGGGACAGCUCCUCCCGGCGAGCCACACUCCCUGCGGACCCCGGCCUGCCAGUGGCUCAGCAUCUGGGGCAGCCCCCGCCGCUGCUGCCCUCCCCCCUGGUGCAGCGGUACCUGGAGCAUCUCCUGCUGCCCACCCUGCCCCAGCUGGGCUACGAGGAGGCUCUGCUCAACCCCUACUCCUACCACAAGUUCGGCUACCAGGAUGGUGCUCACCAGCUCCCCAGCAGCUCAGCCAGGCAGAACCCUGAGACCUCCUCGCUGCUCGGCCGGGUCCCUGCCCAGGCCCUUUUUCGGGCGCGCCAGGCGGGCAGCCAGGAACGGAUGGGGGGCAUCUCUUCCAGGACUUGGGCAUGCUUUCCCUGCCAAGAGAGAAAGCUGGCCGCCUGGACCCUGCUGGCACCAGGCUCCAGCACAGCUUACGGCUCCCCCGUGACCACAGGGCCCCCCGGGACCCACGGGGACGGGAAGGAGAGGAAGAAGCCAGUGCCCCUGACCGCCCAGCCACCCCCUGCACAGACAGACGCUGCCCUGAAGAGACUGGCCUCCCUCCUGGCCAGGCAACGGAGGGAGACAUGCAGCACGGAGAGGAGCCAGUGCCCCCUUCCUCCACAGUGCCACCCGCCUCCCGCCAAAAUCCUAUCCAGCAGCUCCCCAGGGGACGGGCUGAGGGGCAGGGCAGUAUCUUUACCAGCCCCCCAGGCUGAGCCACAGCAGGGACGUGGUGGGGACACGCUCAGCCCCGGGAAGCAGAUCACAGUGGAGAAGAAGAGCUACAUGGAAGCAAAGGAUGGUGGGUCGCAGCGGGGCACGCAGCCGCCGGAUGAGUAUAGCUACAUCAUCACGGACCAGAACUGGGGGGUGGGCUCCAUAGCUGGGAAGAGUGGGCUCCCACCAUACAUCCCAGUGUCGCUGGCUGAACUGGAGAUCUGGCAUGGGCAAGCGAAGGCAGAGCUGGAGGCAGAGCUGGGCCUGAAGAUUGUGCAAACAGGAGUGGGAGAGCGAAAUGAGGCUGCUGCCUACUCGCGCCCAUCCCGCUUCGGGGAUGGCUUCCACUCGGUGCUGCUGACCUUCAUCGCGCUGGCCUGCGUGGCAGGCAUUGCCAUCGCGGCUGCUGCAGCCUUCUGCCUCCGGCGCCAUGCCAAGCAGCGGGAGAAGGAGCGUCUGGCUGCCCUGGGGCCGGAGGGUGCUGCUGACACCACCUUUGAGUACCAGGAGCUGUGCCGCCAGCACAUGGCUGCCAAGUCGCUCUUCGGCCGCGCCGAGGCACCGGUGGCUCCGGCAGAGACCUCACGGGUCAGCAGUGUCUCGUCCCAGUUCAGCGAUGCCCCGCAGCCCAGCCCCAGCUCCCACAGCAGCACACCCUCCUGGUGCGAGGAGCCUGUCCAGUCCAACAUGGACAUCUCCACUGGACACAUGAUCAUGGCUGAGCCCAGCAUCUGCUCUAUUGCCCAGAGCGAAGCCAACCUGAAGAAGAACCGCAACCCUGACUAUGUGCCCUAUGACCAUGCGCGGAUCAAACUGAAAGCCGAGAGCAACCCAUCCCGCAGUGACUUCAUCAACGCCAGUCCGAUUAUCGAGCAUGACCCACGGAUGCCAGCAUACAUUGCCACACAGGGGCCGCUGUCCCACACCAUCGCUGACUUCUGGCAGGUGAGCGUCACCCGGCUGUGCCAGCCAUCCUCCAGCCCCCAUCCCCUGUGAGAGCAGCCCCCCUGCCCAGCGCUGAUGCCACCAGCUGCCUCUCUCGGGCAGGUGAACUUGGUGUCGGAGCACAUCUGGUGUGAGGAUUUCCUGGUGCGCAGCUUCUACCUGAAGAACGUGCAGUCACAGGAGACCCGCACCCUGACGCAGUUCCACUUCCUCAGCUGGCCGGCCGAGGGCAUCCCCACCACCACCCGGCCCCUCCUCGACUUUCGCAGGAAGGUGAACAAGUGCUACCGGGGUCGCUCCUGCCCUAUUAUCGUGCACUGCAGCGAUGGUGCAGGCAGGACUGGGACGUACAUCCUCAUCGACAUGGUCCUGAACCGAAUGGCCAAAGGGGUGAAGGAAAUAGACAUAGCUGCUACCCUGGAGCACAUCCGAGACCAGCGACCUGGCAUGGUGCAAACCAAGGACCAGUUUGAGUUUGCACUGACAGCCGUGGCCGAGGAAGUGAACGCCAUCCUGAAGGCGCUGCCGCAGUGAUGGCAAGGAGCCC